AUGUCGUCCUCUUACAUAACUGAUGAACAAUUGAAAAUAAUUUAUGCUGAAAAUUCUACUUAUGAACAAAUCGAAAUUCUAUUUGAUCAAUUUAUUCAAAUUUUUAACAAGGAUACAGCUAUUGAAAUUAUAGAUGCAAUAUCAAGAAUUCCAUUAACAAAAAUAACCGAUAAUCUAUCAUUAUCAUCACAAAAAAUCUUUAAACUAAUGUAUCAUCUUUUAGCUGAUAUCAUGCGAAAAUCUAAAGUAACACCACCAACUGAUCAAGAAAAGAUAAUAAUGAAAAAAAUUUUGGAUUUAUUUCGAAUAUUAUUCGAUCUACCAAUGAUAGAGAAACAAGAAGAUGUGGUAACAAAUGGUGAUGUUGACCAUCUCAUGAGAAUUUUAUCACUUGAUGAAACAGUACUUGAUUUCAUUCAACAAGGUUUGGAAAAAGUAAUCAGCACAGAUUAUGAUACGACGAUAGCGGACGAGCGUAAUGAAAGGAUAUUAAAAGAAAGUAUUCAACUGUUAACAAUAUGUCAAUUGUUUAUUGUUGAAGAUGUUGAAAACAAUGAUAAAUCAAAAUUGAAAUUAUUCUUUAAAAAGCUUGUUAAAUGUGUUAAUAGUGAUUCGUAUAUGAAUGCAUUAAAAUGCUUUCAAUUAUCACCAUCAACAUUAACUAAACGUAAUCAGAUAUUAUUAUUUGAGUGUUUUAAUUCUAUAAUGCAUAGUAAAUAUUGUAAUCAUAAAUAUCAAAAUAAAUUUUGUAACAAAUGGUUACCUAAAUAUGAAUCUAUCUUACAUGAAUUAGUAACAAUAAUGCCACUACAAUUCCAUACAUUAAAAUAUAUAAUUAUUAAUUUAGUAUUAAUGCAACGAUCUAUGGAUAAUAUGCUCUCAUUUCUAAUGAGAGGUACAAUAGAAGUUAUAGUAUUUAAAGAUGAAAAUUUACAAAUAAUCAAUGAUCUAUUUGGUAUUUUGAAUAAUAAACAAUUUAUUGAACAAAUUGAAAUGAAGAAUGAUGGAAAAUCCUAUGAUUUAGAAUAUGUGAACAAAUAUGAAAAUACAAUAACAGUAACACCAACACCAGUUAUGUGUUUAAUAAUGAAAUAUAUCUUGUUAUUAAUCAAUGGGAAUGAUGAAAUAUUUUCAAAUAUGAAACAAAAUCAACAAGCUANAGCUAAAGAAAUUUUAUUAAAAUUAACAACUAAUACUAAAAAUGCUGACAUACUAGCUCAUGUCUAUAAUAUCUUAGGAUUAAUUAUGAAUGAUGCUGAUAUUAAAAAGUUUGAUAAUGCAUCAGAAAUAGUGUCAAUAUUCGUUAAUUAUUUAAAACAAGCUGAUCGAAAUACUUUUGGUACAAGCGACGGUGGCGAACUAACAGAUUUAUUGAAAACUGUUUUGGAAGUUGGGAAAAUGAGUUUAAAGAAUUUUACUCUGCUUAUGUUUCAACUAGCCUUUCUUCAACAUGAACCAAUAAAAGAUGAAUUUAUUAAACAAAAUGGUUUGGAAUUAUUAAUGAAAUUUGCUAGUAAAAACGGAGAGCUUUAUCUUGCAAACAGGGAAAAGGAAGAGGAUGAGACUGCAUUAAAAAAAUUUAUCGCAGAUGAAGUAAAAAUUACACACGAAACACAACAAUUAGCAUUAGAAUGUUUUUGGUCAAUGUCAUUUAACUUAGAAGCAGCUCAACUGUUGAAAAAUAAUGAAAAAUUUAUGGAACAUACUAAAGCACUUCUAGAACCGCAAAAUGGAACUCCAUCAGGUUUGAAAAAAGCAGCUGAUGGUGUUUUAUGGAAACUAGAAAAAGAAAAUGAAUUUAAACAACAGCAACAACGACCACAGAAAGAAGAAUUUGAUUUAAUGAUUAGUUAUAAUUGGGAUGACAAGCCAUUAGUAUUACGUAUCUACAAAUGUUUAACUGAACAACAUAAAUAUCGCGUUUGGUUGGAUAUAGAUCAAAUGUCUGGAUCAGUGUGUGAAGCAAUGGCACAAGCAGUUGAAAAAUCAAAAUUUAUUUUAAUGUGUAUGUCUGAGACAUAUAAACAAAGUGUUGCAUGUAAAAAUGAAGCUCUUUAUGCCUGGGAUAGAAAAAAAACAAUAAUACCAUUAAAAAUGAAAACAGUUGAUUUGGAUGACUGGCUUGGAUUUGUUGCAGCUGGUAAGUUAUAUAUCGAUUUUAGUAAUCAAGAUUUUGAUAAAGCAUUAAAAUUAUUAACAAAUGAAAUUGAAAAACAUCAUUCGAAACAGCAACGGAAACAAGAACCAGUCAAUAUUGAUAAGUUACCAAGAGCAUCAGCAGCUCAGACAAAUGCAAUUCCAUCAGGGGCACACAUUACUAGUGCUGUACCAACUGCAAUACCUGCAGCAACAGCAACUCGAAAAAUGCGAGACCGUCCCGAUGUUAUCUCAGAUGCGUAUAAACAAAUACCAAUUGAAUCAUGGUCUGAACAACAGGUUAUAGAUUUUUUAUUUGACAAGAAACUAGAUUUAAUGACUUUAAUAUGUCAGGAGAUGAAUGGUGAAGUGCUAUAUUAUCUGUACAAAAAAUGCCAACAAUCAGAUCCAUGGCCAAUGUUUGAUCGAUUAAACAUUGAAAUGGAUAAGAUACAUCAACAAAUAUUGCCAAUAUCGGUUUAUCUACGAUUUUUGAAUGAAAUACAAAAUUUUUUAAAAGCAACAUUAUUGUAG